UUGGUCAGCUGACCGCUUACGUAGUAUGCAGUCGGUGUACAUGCUGCAGAGGUUUUGCAAACGACGGUCAAAAUAACUGAACCCAUAAGUAUUUAGUUAAAGAUUUUGUCUUUCUCGGGUUAUUUUUUAUGGUCAUUUUCUUUUAAAAAUGCCACCACUGAAGGCUAUAGCCAUGUUUACUCUGCUCUAAGCAGAGACUAUGUUGAGACUGCCUGGGUUUUUUAAUGUUGUACGCAGGGCUUUCUGUGACGCCGCAGAAGAGAUGGGCAAGAAAGGAAACUUUUUCUACGCUGUGAGGAAAGGAUUUAGACCAGGAGUAUACCAAACAUGGGAGGAAUGUAAACAUCAGGUGGAUAAGUUUCCCUCUGCGAUUUUUAAGAAGUUCGCUGCUGAACAGGAUGCUUGGGCCUUUGUGAGGAGCCACUCAGCAGCAGCAGCAGCAUCUUUUGGGAGACCAAAAGGAUGUGACUAUGAGAUCCUGCCUUCUAGAAAUGUGCCUGAUGGCUCAAUGGCUGUUCCACUUGGAAUUAAAAGGACAUAUGAGGACUCUGAGGAGGAUGAUGAUGAUGAUGAUGAUGAUGAGGGACUGUCCUAUCCAAAACGAGUGAAACUCAUUGAGGUCCCACAACCAAAGAUAGCUGCAGCCAGUAGUGAUGGAUUUACAUAUAUGGGUGAUGCUGUAGUAGUAUACACCGAUGGCUGCUGCACAGCCAAUGGGAGAGCAGGAGCACGUGCAGGAAUUGGUGUAUAUUGGGGUCGUGAUCAUCCACUUAAUGUGGCUGAGAGGCUUCCAGGAAGACAGACCAACCAAAGAGCAGAACUGCAGGCUGCUUGCAAGGCACUUGAGCAAGCCAUAGAAAAUAAUUUUAAAAAGGUUGUGAUAUACACGGACAGCAAGUUCACCAUUAAUGGCAUUACAAGUUGGGUUAAGACUUGGAAGUCUAAUGGCUGGAGGCUUAAAGGUGGUGGUGCCAUAGUCAACAAGGACGACUUCCAAAAGCUGGAUAAACUAAACGCAGAACUUGAGGUCGUAUGGAUGCACAUUCCAGGUCAUGCUGGCUAUACAGGCAAUGAGGAAGCAGACAGACUGUCCAGGGAGGGAGCAGCAAAGCCCUCGUGUUAGUCCACUGUUGCCACGUUCAUUUUAUAAUGUGUCAUUUUGUUUUAGGUGCCUAGGAUAAGUUUGUAGUUUGUUUACCCUCGAUGGCUAAUGCACUUUUUUUUCUUUUUUUUUUUUUUUCUUUUGUUGGGCUAGUGUUCUAAACAACACUCGAAAACAAGAUUUCUUCUUUUCUGAAGAGCAGUGCUUAUCCAAAAUGUUUGUUUUGAUUGUUCUGUCAAUUAAAUUGUCAUAUAUAUUGUUCCUGAGA